AUGUCGUACCUCGUCGACACAGUUCUCAACCUUGCGUUGAGUGCUGUGGUCCUAGUGUUGUCAACGUUCCUUUGGAAUUACCUAAGGUCUCCCUUGAAAUCUUUCCCUGGACCUGCGCCAGCAAGCUUCACCAAUAUUUGGCGGCUUGUUGACGUGUUCAAGGGCCGUUGCGAUAUUACGCAAAAUGAUCUUCACAAGAAGCUCGGCCCCGCCGUGCGGAUGGGUCCCAAUGUUCUAAGUCUGUCUGAUCCAAGUAUGGUUGGUAAAGUCUUUACCACGAGAAACCCUUGGAAGAAGAGUAACAUGUAUAUGAUCAACGAUGUGAUGGUCAACGGCGUGCGCGUUUCCAAUCUCUUCUCAACAAGGAGCGAAGAAUGGCAUUCGACGUCGAUUCGACCUAUCAAGUCGCUAUACUCCAUGACAAAGGUGCAGGACUUUGAGCAUCAUGUAGACACGACCCUCAAUUUUUUGAUGCAGAAGCUGGAAGAACGCUUCAUCAACACGGGAAAGCCAUGUGAUAUGGCUGAUUAUCUUCUAUAUUUCGCAUGGGACGCUAUGAGUCAAAUCACCUUUGGAAAGAAUUUGGGUAUCUUAGAAGCCGGUAAUGAUGACCGUAAAUUCCUGCAUACUUCUAGUCGCAGUCUCGAUUAUUUUGCAUCUGUCAGCCAAAUGCCAGAGUUGGAUCGUGUCCUGGACAAGAACCCAGUCAAGCGACUCGGUCCCCCUACCUUUGGGUGGGCUAUAGGCUUCAGUGUUGACGCCUAUACCAAGCGCAUGGCAGAAGGGCCACCCGCCACGACCGAUUUCCUUGAGAAAUUUAUCGAGACUAAGAAGAAGCAUCCGGACAUUGUCGAUGAUAACAUGGUGGUUACCUAUCUCCUAUCCAACGUGUUAGCUGGUAGCGAUACGACGGCGAUCACCAUGUGCUCUGCUAUGUAUAACAUCCUGAAGAACCCCAAGGUCCAUCAAAGAUUAAAUGAGGAACUCAAGAAGGCCAAUGUAACGGUUCCUGUCAGCUGGAAGGCUACCCAAGAGAUUCCAUACCUAGACGCCAUCAUGAGGGAGGCCAUGCGUAUUCAUCCCGGUGUUGGAGUGAUGAUGGAGCGAAUUGUCCCUGAAGAAGGUCUACAGUUGCCCGACGGACGUUUUGUGCCUGGAGGCGCUGCCAUCGGCAUGAACCCGUGGGUAAUCACCCGCGAUGAGGAUGUUUUUGGCUCCGAUACGGACAUGUUCAUUCCGGAGAGGUGGCUGCAGCAGGCGGGUGAGACUGACGAGGACUUUGAGGCCCGUCGCAACAAGAUGAAAGUUGCCGACUUUGUGUUUGGUGCUGGACCCAGAAUGUGCUUGGGCAGAUAUCUCAGCCAGCUGGAAAGCUACAAAUUGAUUGCCACCAUGUUUGCGCAGUAUGACAUUGAGCUUGAAAGCCCGGAUACCGAAUGGAAAAUCAUAAAUUCUUGGUUCGUCCGCCAGGAAAACAUUCCAGUCAUCAUAAAGGAGAAGGUGGGAGCAUGA